AUGGCUUCUACUACUGCUGUCCGUCGUCUCCAACAAAUCCAGCGCAAUCUCACCUCUAGCGCGUCUGAGUCUUCUUACAAGAAGAAGUUCCGCAUUGCUGUCGUGGGCUCUGGUAAUUGGGGUACAGCUGUGGCCAAACUUGUUGCUGAGAACGCCGCGGAGAAGGGUCAAUUCUUCGAGCGUGAAGUUCGCAUGUGGGUCCGCGAAGAGAGCGUCCACGGCCGCAAUUUGACUGAGAUCAUCAACAGCGAGCAUGAGAACGUUCGCUACCUCCCACAGGUCACUCUUCCCACAAAUCUGGUUGCCGACCCCAACUUGCAAAACGUUGCCAAGAAUGCCGAUAUCAUCGUUAUCAACAUUCCUCAUCAGUUCCUCAAGUCUGUUGCCGACCAGCUUAAGGGCAUUGACUAUUCCAAGAAGGUCGCCAUCUCUUGUCUCAAGGGUAUUGAUGUCACUCCCAACGGCCCCAAGCUGCUUUCAGACUUCAUUCACCAGCACUUGGGCUUACAUUGCGGCGUUUUGUCUGGUGCCAACAUUGCCAGCGAAGUCGCUCGUGAGAAGUUCUCCGAGACCACGGUCGCUUUUCCGGUCGCCCCCAACUACGAGCAGGGCGAGCCCGACGCUCCUUUGAUGAAGGAGCUGUUCCAGCGUCCCUACUUCCACGUGCAAAUGAGCGACGACACCGCUGGUGUCUCCAUUGGUGGUGCCCUCAAGAAUGUCAUCGCUCUGGGUGCUGGACUUGUCGAAGGUGCCGGCUGGGGUGACAACGCCAAAGCUGCGGUUAUGCGUCGUGGCUUGAUCGAAAUGUCUCAAUUCGCCGCCGACUACUUCCCUUCCUUCCGCCCUGAGACCAUUUCGACCACCAGUGCUGGUGUUGCCGACUUGAUCACCUCUUGUGCCGGCGGCCGUAACCUCAAGGUCGGUCGUGAGUUCGCCAGAAGCGGCAAGUCAAUCAAGCAGAUCGAGGCAGAUCUGCUCAAUGGCCAGUCUGCACAGGGCCUGGUGACUGCCGAGGAGGUUUACGAGCUCUUGACCAAGCAGAACCGCUUGGAGGAGUUCCCUCUUAUGGUUACUAUUUAUGAUAUCAUCAACAAUGGCCUGCCCAUCAGCGAGUUACCUAACCGCAUUCGGGAGUAA